UACGAACGUUGUAGUUUAUUUUUUACCGAAUACUACAAGAUAUUUCACGUCGAAAAAGACAGAAAUGUGUAACAGUGAUUCUGAUUAAAAACAAGUGAAAACCUGCAAGAUUCCCUUACUACAUUUCUUAAGGGACGAAACCGUAACAUCCCCUCUCAGGAAACGACUUUAUACUAGCACCUUGGGCUCGAGUGUCAAUUCACACACGGAGGAUGUUAAAAUAAUUUCUUAAUAUCUAAAAAGUGGAUGCAAUUUCUUACUUGGAAGGUUGGUUGGAAGGAAAAACGUAUAGGUACAGGACUCGGGGAGAAAGUACGGUACCCCCACCCAGAAGUUUAACGCACUCGCAUUCGAUAGGGGUGGAAUUCAACCCGAUGGUUGUUUAAAAGUCUUAAACCCUUAAAGCACGCUUCAAAAUAUAAAUUAAUAUACCCAUCAUACUUAAAACAGACUCGAAAAAAUACAAAUAAUUUGCGGCGAGAAAAAAUAAAACGUAAAGAAGCUCAUUUAUUGAGCUAGUUGUUGAUACAAUAAGAAAAUUUGUCUUGAAAUUGAUAAGUAACUGUUUCCUCCAAUUAUAAAUAUAUAUGUAUAUUAGUCAAGAAGCUGUUGAAGAACAGCACAAAAAUGGGCCAAACCGAAAAUUCAAUUCAAUCAUUUGACGAUUUAAUGGAGUUGGUUGGUAAAAAUGGGACGUUUCAAAAGCGUUUUAAUUUGAUUUUUAAUUUCGCCUUGGUUGUCUGCAUUUCGAUGGCUAACAUAAACAUAGUUAUAGCUAUGUCUGUUCCUGACCAUUGGUGUAAAGUUCCAGGACAAAAUUUAACAAAUUAUACCAAAGAAGAAUGGAGAAGGGUGAAUAUUCCCAUCAGUGAAAUAAAUGGUAGAACAAAAACCAUUUAUCACAAAUGCAGCAUGUACGGUUAUAACGUUAGUAACCAGGAUAGCAAAGAUCUCAAAUAUUUCUCUAAUAUAACAGACUGUCGUUAUGGAUGGGAAUAUGAUAAAACGUGGUUUCAAGAAACAAUUCCAUCAUCUGAAAAUUGGGUUUGCUCAGAGUCUUUAAAGGUAUCCAAUACUUUUGCGGUGAUGAGAAUAGCAGACGUGCUGGGCACAUUUAUAUGCGGACAAUUAGGAGAUGUAAUUGGAAGAAAACCCAUUUUCGUGGUAUCAGUACUAUUGGUAGUAAUAGGAAAUUUAGUGUUUACUGUCACAUCAACAUACUAUCCUCUCUUCCUUGUGGCUGCUUUCACAGCCGGAUUCACAUCAUACACAGCUUAUCAGGCACCUUUAGUUAUUGGAAUGGAAAUUUCACGGGAGAAAGAUAAAGCUUACAUUGCAAUGUUGCAAAAUGUGGGAAGAACCGUAGGAUUAUGCAUCUUGCCACCUUUCAUGUGGCUAAUAGGUCAUUGGAAACCGUUUAUGGUCAUGUCAAGUUUACCAUGUUUAUUGUUUUUUAUACCUUAUAGAUACAUCAUUGAAUCUCCCCGCUGGCUAAUGAGCAAAGGAAAAUCCACGAAAAGUCUCAAAGCCAUAAAAACAAUUGCAAAAAUAAACGGAUCAACAAUCCCUGAAGACGCAGCUUACAUUUUGAGAUCAACUCCUGCAACCAAAGAGACAACGUACGGCGCCAUGAGUUUAUUUUCUAGUUGGAGAAUGGCAAAAAACACAACGUGUUUAGUAAUCUGCUGGGUCGUGUCCUUUACAACGUAUCUCAUUAUGACACUGAACAUAAGCAACGUGGAAGGGAAUCCGUUUCUAAAUUUCGUUUACCAGGGAGCCAUUGAACUACCGGCUAUCGUAUUAGGAAGGCAUUUCUCAGAUAGAAUCGGCCGGAAAUUGACAAAUGUUGGCUCUUUUAUUGCAACGGUUUUGGGCUGCAUUCCCAUACUGUUCAUCGUCAAGGGUUCAAGUUCGGAAUGGAUUCUCAUAACGUGUGUGGUUUUCCUUAAGUUUGCAAUCAUGCUUUCAUAUUACGUGGUUGGUCUGCAAAGUGUCGAAAUGUACCCUACAUGUCUACGACAGACGGGAAUUGCUGUAGGUGGUUUGUCAGCAUCAGCUUUAGCUACUUUAGCACCGUAUGUGGUUCACCUGGGUACAUCGGUCGAUGAAAGAUAUCCCUAUAUUAUCAUUGCUGGCCUAGGUGCACUGGGCUCAGUAUGUGGACUACUCCUGCCCGAAACCCGCCAUAACAGCCCCGAUACUUUAGAAGAGGCUAAAUCGUUUGGAAAAUACAAAAAAUCUUUCGAAAUUUCUGUUACAUCCAAAUGAAAACUUCUCUGUAAUACUUAUUGUAGACGAUUUAAAGUGCAUAUUUAUGUAAUUUUUCAAAAUUAUAAAAUAAAUUUCGUUUAAGCUUUAACAAGCGGAA